AUGGCAUCCCACAAAUCUACUUGCUUACCCACUUUUCUUAUACUACUACUACUUUGCGCCGUAGCAACAACUGUUUUAUCAGUAAAAACUAACCUUGAGGUAGAACUAGAAGCCUUAAAUUCCUUCAAGAAGUCUGUCACUGAAGAUCCUUUUGAUUCACUCUCUGACUGGACUGCCACAAUACACUAUUGCAACUGGACCGGCAUUUCCUGCAACUCAUCUUCAACCAAUGUAGUUGAGAUUUCUCUUGGAGAGAAGAAGCUCAAAGGAAGACUCUCCAGUUCCUUGGGAUACCUUUCCCACCUCCAGGUACUUGAUCUAUCCGAUAAUUUAUUCUAUGGUUCAGUUCCUCCUGAGCUGGGAAACUGUUCUCAGCUCAUGAAGUUGAGCCUUCAUCAGAAUGUCCUCUCUGGGCCAAUACCGCCAGCAUUGGGUAACCUCCUGAGUUUGACAUACCUUGACUUGGGUAACAAUUUCUUCUCUGGAAGCAUCCCAGACAGUAUUACAAACUGCACAUCCUUGGAGCAAAUUGGCCUGAGUUCAAACAAUCUUACUGGGAACAUUCCAUCUAAUAUUGGAAAUUUAGCUUUCCUUCAAAUCUUCAUUGCAUAUUCCAAUACUUUAGAAGGUCCAAUACCUGAAUCCAUAGGGAAGUUGACAGCAUUGACUCUUUUAGAUCUUAGUGGAAAUCAGUUAUCUGGAAUGAUUCCUCCCAGCAUAGGGAACUUGACAAGCCUACAAACAUUUCAGCUCAUGGAGAAUCAACUGACCGGAAAUAUACCACCCGAAAUUGCCCGCUGCAAAAAUCUCACUACCCUCAGUUUGUACAGCAACAACAUAAAAGGCAGCAUCCCUCCAGAGUUGGGUAAUUUAUUGAACCUGCAAGCCCUAACACUACAUAAAAAUAAGUUAACUUCUAUAAUCCCAAAAUCCUUAGCCAAUUGCAAAUAUUUGACAAUUUUAGACCUUUCAUCAAAUCAACUAAGCGGGAUUAUACCUCCUGAGAUUGGAUCUCUGCCAUUAUUAGAAGUAUUGUAUUUGCAGGUGAACAAUUUGACAGGUCCAGUUCCUUCUUCUUUGACCAACCUGACAAACUUACAACUAUUCUCAGCAAGUGUGAAUUCUCUAACAGGAAUAAUACCAUCUGACAUUGGUAAACUAUCCAACUUGAAGAACAUUAGCCUGAGCAACAAUCUAUUGAGUGGCCCGAUCCCUAGUAGCAUUACCAAUUGUUCAAACCUACUUUCUGCAAGCUUAUCUUAUAACAUGUUAACUGGGAAAAUUCCAGAAGGUUUAGGGAGGUUGUUGAACAUCACAUUUUUUUCCAUUGGAAACAAUUUCAUAUCUGGAGAUAUUCCUGAUGACCUCUUCGAUUGCUUCAACCUUGAAACCUUAGAUUUAGCCAGUAACAAUUUAAGCGGGACUCUGAAACCAAGAGUUGGUAAAAUGAACAAGUUAAGAAAGUUGCAACUUUUUCAGAAUUCAUUUACUGGGCAAAUCCCACCAGAGAUAGGUAACUUAACCAUGGUAAUCAGCUUAAGACUCCACACAAACAGGUUCGCAGGCCGAGUUCCUGCCGAACUCUCUAAGCUGUCUCUCCUUCAAGCCCUUUCAUUGAAUGAUAAUGCACUAGAGGAUGAAAUUCCGCAAGAGCUUUUUCGACUGAAACAACUCAACAUUCUGAAGUUGCAAAAUAAUCAGUUCAGAGGUCAGAUUGCUGAGUCUUACUCUGAAAUGAAGCUUCUUUCAGCUUUGGACCUAAGCGGAAACAAUUUCAAUGGGUCCAUCCCAAGAGAAGUAUUUGAACAAAGCCAGCUGACAUCACUAGAUCUCUCCCGCAACAAUUUCACAGGGUCAAUUAUUGCAAGCAUGAGAAGCUCUCUAAUGUACCUGAACCUAUCACACAAUUCCCUGUCAGAAACAAUUCCUCAAGAUAUUGGGACACUGCAGAUGGCAGAAGUUAUCGACAUCUCAAACAACGAUUUAUCAGGAAAAAUCCCAGCCUCACUUAAGAGUUGCAGGAACUUGCUUGUACUUGAUAUGUCGAGAAACAAGCUGUCUGGCCCCCUUGGAGAAGUAUUCUCUGAUAUGGAGUUCCUCACAAACUUGAACCUGUCACAAAACCAAAUCAAUGGUAAGAUUCCAACUAGUUUGUCGAAUCUAAAACAUCUGAGUGCACUCAAUCUUUCUUGGAACCACCUAGAAGGUGAAAUCCCUGAGAAAUUCAAUGCUCUCUCCAGCUUGAAACAUCUGAAUUUAUCUUACAAUCAACUUGAAGGCCCUGUUCCACAAUCUGGUAUAUUUAAGAACCUGCCAGCAUCUAGCUUAACAGGAAACAAAGGUCUGUGUGGAACCAAAUUUUUUGCUUCGUGUACUGAGAGGAGCCAUGGGAAAUCUAGGCAGAGUUUGUCAAGGAAAGCACGGCUGAUUAUGAUACCUCUAGUUUGUACUUCAGCACUGCUUCUUUUUGUACUCGGAAUCAUGUCUUACAAACAAUGCCAAAAGAAGAAAGAACUGAAAGAACGUGAGGUUUGUAGGGCGGAUUACACUGCACCUUUAAUCCUUCAGAGGUUUGAUCCAAAAGAUAUAGAAACAGCAACUGAUUUCUUUAGCCAACAGAACAUCAUCGGCAGCAGCAGUUUAAGCACCGUGUACAAGGGCAGAUUGGAAGAUGGACAGAUUGUAGCCAUAAAGAAGUUGAACUUGCAGCAAUUUGCAGAAGAAUUUGACAAGUACUUUUACAGAGAAGCAAAGAUUCUAAGUCAGCUGAGGCACAGAAACUUGGUCAAAGUUAUUGGUUAUGCUUGGGAAAGCAGGAAAUUGAAGGCUCUGGUUCUUGAAUACAUGGAGCAAGGAAAUUUAGAACAGAUCAUCCAUGAUCCUUCAGUAGAUCGCUCAAUAUGGACACUAUCAACGAGAAUUGAUGUUUGUAUCUCAAUUGCCGAGGCAAUAGCUUAUUUGCAUUCAGGUUAUGACUUUCCCAUUAUUCACUGUGACUUGAAGCCUUCAAACAUUCUCUUGGAUGGAGACUGGCAAGCCCAUGUUGGUGACUUCGGGAUGGCCCGGAUGCUAGGUGUUCAUCUCGACAAUGGUGGCAGUGUUUCUUCUGCAUCGGCAUUUGAAGGCACAAUAGGUUACAUGGCACCAGAAUUUGCAUAUAUGAGGACUGUCACCACCAAAGUUGAUAUAUUCAGCUUGGGUGUAAUAAUCAUGGAGUACCUCACUGCCAAAAGGCCAACGAGUCUAGCAGAAGAGGAUGGAUUACCAGUCACCUUGAACCACAUUGUAGAAAGGGCAAUUCUACAGGACAAACUACUUCAGGUUAUAGACCCAGCACUACUCUCAAGUAUUACUAGGGAUCAAGAAAAGGCAGCAAAAGAGCUUUUCAAACUAGCCCUGAUUUGCACCUCGUCAGCUCCUGAACAAAGGCCUGAUAUAAAAUAUCUGCUGACGUCUCUCAAAAAGCUAAACGUGCAGCAGGCUCGCCGAAAUUGAUAAAUUUUCAAAAUUUCCAAACUGAACUGGGGAAUUGAAGUGAUGUAAAUUGUUUCUUUCUUUUCUUGGAUUUCAGAACA